AUGUGGUAUUUGAAUCUGCCAGCAGAUAAGCUGAUGAUGUGUAAUGCCUUUCCUUUGCUACUUGACAUCGAGAUGAUUAGAACCAUGGGUCUUAGGGAUAGCUUGGAUUUUGUUGAGGUUAUGCAUAGGCGAUGCUUGUCAAUAUUACACAUGUGUAAGUACACUAUAUCUGACUUGCACCGGGGUGAGUCAGGAUUAGAGGAUGAGGGAGAUGACGACCCUCCUGAUACAAAAAGAGGAGCUUUUGACUGGUUUUCCAAGUGCUUAGGUGAUCAGCUAGCAAGGGGAGUUCUGGAAUUGAUGUAUGAGAACUGUAUUACAGUUACUAAGGGGAACUCUUCCCUUGUCUUUACCUUAUCCUAUCUUGUUUCCAUUCCUCCAGUUGAAAUAAUCGCUCAAGAUGUGGAAAAUGAUAAAGGAGUGCCAACAUUAGAUAGUUCUCAGCCAGGGGGAGAAAAAUCGCAGUCAAAUAAGGUGCUUCAUGUUUAUACUCGAAGGAAUUUACAACAGAAGAAAGUUCAGCCUAUCAUUCCGACAAUGGAACAAAUGGAUUCCAUUAUCUCUCCUGAAGAUGUUCCAGGUCCAAAAUCUCCAGUGAAGGAAAAUCAAGAUGGUACAGCCUUUCCUGUUGCCGGUACUGCUUCCUUAUUUAAAGACAGUCCUCAUAAAAAUCUGCCUCAAUCUUCUACUUCAAAAGGAAGGCAAGAUGACCCUGAUGCUAAAGCCUUUGAAGAAUUGAGCAAUCCAGAAAAAUAUGGCCUGUGCCAACCAAGGAACACUAAGUCUGGUUCUGUUAUAAUUAAUGGCAGAAAUCUGAAUGCUAAGCAGGAUGCAAAUAUCUCAGCUAUUCCUGUCGAAGAACAGGAAUUGAGCACUCCUACUACAAAUGUCAUCGUGUUAAGUGACGAUGAUGAACAGGAGGCAAAUACUGCAAACUUUCCUGGCGGAAGAAAGGCAGUGGAGAGUCCUGAUAUCUCUAUUUGGUAUUGUGUAGGUCCUUAUGGUGAAAAAGGAGGGCCCUAUACAAUGUCUGCACUCAAACGUUGGAGUGAAACUUCUUCAAAUCCCUUAGAAUUCAAGGUCUGGAAGACUGGUCAGAGUGAAACAGAGGCAAUACCUCUCUCUGAUACGCUGAAACGAUUUUUCUCAAGUAUGCAAGUAAAUGGAAACGAAGGGUGA